AUGAGGAUUGGUGAUGUGGACUACCUAAUUCUAAAAAAAGAUAGCCCUGAAAGUCCGACGGUUCGUGUAAUUCUGUUAGAAGAAUAUUACGACAUAUUAUUAGAUAUUCAUAGAGGCUGCGGACAUGGUGGUCGAGACAAAAUUCAGUAUCAAAUUAAGGAUAGAUUUAUUAUUGUGAGAAAAGCAAUCGACUUAUUCGUCUCAUUGUGUCCUGCCUGUGAAUCCAAACGUAACUUACCAAAGAAAGGCAUCGUAGUCAAACCAAUUAUAUCUCGAGAUUUUAAUGAGAGGGGUCAAGUCGAUAUGAUUGAUCUACAAUCAGCGCCAGAUGGUGACUUUAAAUGGCUUCUUAACUACCAGGAUCAUAGCAUUAAGUUUCUUCAUUUUAGACCACUUAGUACAAAAAAAGCAAGGGAAGUUGCCACCGAAUUGCUUAAAAUAUUUUUAGAAUUUGGAGCACCAUAUAUACUGCAAAGCGAUAACGGCAAAGAAUUCACUGCUAACAUAAUUGAAGAAAUGGGUAAAAUGUGGCCUGAAUGUAAAAUAAUACACGGUACUUCGCGACACCCGCAGACCCAGGGUAGUGUUGAGAGGAGUAACCAAGAUGUUGAAAACAUGCUUCGUGCUUGGAUGCGGGAUAAUAAUUCGACAAAAUGGGCAAUGGGCUGCUUUUUCGUGCAGUAUAGUAAAAAUACAUCUUUCCAUAGAAUUAUAGGAAGAUCGUCAUUUCGUGCUCUUUUUGGUUGCGAACCAAAAUCUAGUUUACGAAGUUCAAACAUUCCUCACGACAUUCUUCAGCAUAUCACAACUGAAGAACACUUACAAGAAGUUUGUGAUGGAAGACAAACAGAUGAGACUCAAGACUAUUCUGCACAAGUCGCAAACAGUUCUGUUAUCAUAUUAUAUUCUAAUGAAUUAAUUACUUUGCCUGUGCCAAUGAAUGCCUCUAACAAUAUCACUAAUAUCAGUACUUCUAUUCAACAUCCAAGUGAAUCAUCAAACGCCGAUAGCAACGUCUUUCUACCAAAUUCUGUUGUGAUGCAUGGUUCAAAUGAGAUUACUACCCUUGAAAAUGACUUGAGAUGCGUCGUAUGUAAAGACGGGACUAGUGGUGCCCAUCAAUGUUGUUCUUGUCUUAAACCAGUUCACACUAUUUGCAGGGAAGGAAUUGGUAACGAAGGUUACGGCGCAAGUGUUUUGUGUUUGAUGUGUAAACGAGAGCAGGACAUACAAUUAGAGAGAAAUAAAUCACAUCAAGGCGUAAAAGGAGCGGCGGAAAAAAUGAUUAAUGUUACGGCUAAAAAACUCCCAGCUCUAGAUAUUGGAGAUAGCGUUUUUUUCAACGUCCCAAAAAUUGAUAGAGGUCCCAUAGAUGCUAAAAAUAUAUCGGGAAAAGUAUUGGAUAUGAGACACGGCGUUAUAAACCAAAUUUGCACAAAUAAUGGGAUUAUCAAUAACUGGUUUAACCGACAAGAAUUAAUCAUCAAAGAAAUACCUCGAAGAAAUUCCUCAUAA